AUGUUGCACUUAUCAUGGACUCAGAAAGUCACCAAUGACGAAGUUCUGAGACUAGUUGGACAGAAGCGUAAACUUUUGCAGACCAUCAAACACGAAAAUCUUGCAUAUCUGGGUCAUGUACUUAGGCAUGACAGAUACGAGCUUCUGCAACUGAUAAUGAUGGGAAAAGUCCCUGUGUCCCUUGGAAACUUCUUGACAGGGUUAUGUUUUGCCUGGCCGUCUUUCGCCUUGUACGUUUUACAAAGUGAUAAAUCUCCUACUGGUUCGCCCAUAUCUGAUUUUGAAGCCAAUUUAGUUGGAUCCUUGGUAAUGCUGGGAAAUUUGUUCGUGACGCCCUUCAGUGCCUGGAUAUCUGACAUGAUGGGGAAGAAGAGGAGUUGUAUUUUAAGUGCUCUGGGAUUUGCGCUAUCUUGGGCCAUAAUAGCAACAACCAGAAGUAUCCAUCUUAUUCUGAUUGGCAGAAUUAUCCUCGGCCUAUCAUCGGGGAUCCAAGCAGUUAUCUGCUUUCCUUUCGUCGCAGAAAUCAGCCAAGACGCCAUUAGAGGAACUUUGGGCUCCAUACUCAUUUUAACAUACAUUUUUGGCAUGUUAAUUGCGUACCUGAUCGGAUGGUUCUGUAGUUAUCAAGUCGUAAAUUACGUUAAUUUGACUAUUAGUGUCUUGUUUGUCGUGCUGUCGUGUUGUCUGAAAGAGACUCCCGCAUUUUUAAUUGCGAAAGGAAAAGAUAAGGAUGCAUUAAAAUCUUUACAAUUCUACCGGGGAGCAUCAAAAGCUACCCCUAAGGUUUUAGAAGAAAUGGCACUAUUGAAUCAGGAAAACAAAUCUGAAGAUAAGACCUUAGUUACUGAAAAAUGUUCAGACACUGGAACUGAAAAGGAAUUGUUAAACCAAACUGAAGUGAAGAGGUCUGGUAGUGAAAUGAGUCCAUGGAAAACGCUUUGUUCAUCAAAAUCAGCACAACGGGCGCUGUUCGUUGUAACAUUCCAUACUAUACUGCUAGUCUUUGGUGGAACAAUCGCAGUGACAACUUAUGCCAGUCAAUUGUUUGAAAAAGCAGCGCCAAAUAUUGCCAACGAAAUCUGUGCUGUAAUACUGGCUGUGGCGUUCCUUGUGGGCAGUGUUUUCUCUUUAGUUAUUUGCGAUUUAGUUGGUAGGCGGGUCCUAAUGUUGACAUCUACGAUAUUAUCUGCUGUAUUCCUUGUGCUUCUCGCGUCACUGCUCCGUUGGUCCUGGGCUCCUGAAUGGACGAUACCUGCAGCAGUGCUGGGUUACUGCUGUGUCUUCCAAAUGGGGGCUGCAGCUGUGCCUUUCCUACAGAUCUCUGAGUGUUUUGUUCACAAGCUCAAGAACCUUGCUUCUACAAUAGCAAACACCGCAAUGUGUCUAGGCAACUUCAUCGUUCUGGCUUUAUUUCCAUUUUCCGUAAAUCUCCUAGGACUUGAUGGAAUAUUCUUACUAUUUGCUUUCAUUUGUAUUUUAUUGACUCUUAGUACGUAUUUCCUUAUGAGAGAAACGAGAAGUAGGUCAGUUGACGAAAUACAAAAAAUGUUUGAGAAUGGACUUUUAUAUCGAACGGAAUAA